CAGGCGAAGAACCAAAUUAGUAUCACUUUCUUAAUAAAUUGGAUAACGUGGCAUUUUAUACGCAUUUUUAUUUUUGUGAUACAUUACUAGAAUGGUUAUAGCAAAAAGUGACAGCAUCAACUGUAGAAUCUUACUUUAAAUCAAUUACAAUCUAAACUACUUUUCUCGGAGCAAUUUACCUGCUUGUAUCUGUUGUGCGGUGGAAGUGAUGAAGAAAUGUCGGUGUUUCAGAAACUUUUCUGUGUUGUUCGUUGUUAGUGAUAAUAUUGUUCCAUUGCGAACUACUAGUAUUUUUAUAUGAAACCAUGGGGUGUGGCAACAGCAAGACAGCUCCCGAUGGUUGCUCAAAGGACAAAAAAGAUAUAAAAUCCAUAUUUUCUCUUUCCUCGUCAGACCCUGGAAAAGAGAAGUUGAAAAGUCAACAGGGUCACGACUCCGGCAAUGGUAGGAAGUCGAAAAACAAAUGGAAGUUUGUUCAGAAGACAAAUAAAAGUGGACAGAGCAGCAGAGAAAUGUCUACGAAAACCGUGCCUUCAGGACAAAAGAUACAGAAGUAUCGGGCGACAUUUGAUCCUCGAGUGACGGCCAAAUACGACAUUAAAGCGUUAAUCGGCAGAGGAAGUUUUAGUAGGGUGGUACGUGUGGAACACCGUGUCACGCGACAACCCUAUGCAAUCAAAAUGAUAGAUGCCCACGAAGGAAGAGAAGUGUUUGAAACAGAACUUGCAGUGUUACGGCGUGUUCUACACUCAUACAUUGUUCACAUGGUUGAGGUAUUUGAAUCGAAAGACAGAAUAUACAUGGUCAUGGAACUUGCCACGGGUGGCGAGCUAUUUGAUCGCAUAGUUGCAAAAGGUAGCUUCACUGAGCGCGAUGCUACGAGAGUGUUGCAAAUGGUUUUAGAUGGUGUUCGAUACCUCCAUAGCUUAGGAAUUACUCAUAGAGACUUAAAACCAGAAAACCUAUUGUAUUAUCACCCAGGAUAUGACUCAAAAAUACUCAUAACUGACUUUGGAUUAGCAAGCACUAGGAAGGCUGGUGACGAUGUCACCAUGAAAACUACGUGUGGGACACCCGAGUACAUUGCACCUGAGAUACUGUUACGAAAGCCAUACACUAAUGCAGUGGACAUGUGGGCAAUUGGAGUGAUAACAUAUAUUCUAUUGAGUGGCGAGAUGCCAUUCGAUGAAGAAAGUAAAACCCGAUUGUACAGGCUGAUUCUCAAAGCAAAUUACAACUUUUCAGGAGAGCACUGGCGGGACAUCUCGCCGCAGGCGAAGGACUUCAUCGAGCGUUUGCUGACGGUGGCGACGGAGCAGCGUCUGGCCGCCGUAGACGCGCUCACGCACCCGUGGGUGAAGAGCAACGCGGCGCAGUCGAACCUGCGCAACCUGCACCGCGCCAUCAGUCAGAAUCUCAUGAAGCGGCAGUCGAUACGAAGCUCCAAGUCCAGCCGCUCGUCGCGAUCGAACAGAUCAAGCAAGAGCGCCAAGUCGCUACGAUCGCAGCACGGCCGCGUGCAGCCGCAAGAUCUCGACGAGAUAGAGAAGGAGCUGCUGCAGAACCGGGCGGUCGACAGCAGCUGCCUAUCAUGAGCUGAAACCUGCGACGGUGCUUUGCUAAGCUGAAGCCCUCGGCGGGAUUUCAGUAAGCGGAAGCUUGCGACUGGGUUUCACUUCGGCUGUGAAGCUCCGCGACGGGGCUUCACAUGCUCGCGUGGUGGACAGUGCCUUAUGAAACGUGCCUCUUCUCGCGCUGCGCACACACGCACACGUGCAGGGACGCACGCCUACCGCAGGGCACGCUGCUCGCACCCUGUGAAGAGCAUUCGCUGGCGCGCGAGGCUUUCACAGACGUAUACGUACGACGUAUAGUAGUUGACGUGUGCAGUGAUGCUGCGAUUGGCAUGUUGGCAGGCAUUACAGAGCCGCACGUCUCCCACUUGGUCCUGCCUGCUACAGUGGUUACGGAUUACUGUGUCAGUGUGGGAUGGUGGCUAACUGUUGUGAACUGAGCACGUCUAAAAUCAGCAUGGCACAGGUUUGUGAGAUGAAUGCCAGAGUGCUGGUUGGAAAUCAGCGAGUAACAGUGUGAAGGACACUACCAAUGGAGGUUAAAGUAGCUGGUUGCAAAGACACCAAUUUAAGUUAUUACUUGUAUGUUGGGAGAUAAUUGCUAUGGAUGUUGUUUUAGAACACGUUCUACCCACAUACUGCUUUUAAUGCUGUACAUUACACUCGUAGGUAAUUUGAUGUAGGUGAUAUGGCUAGCAUAAUUUUUAUAUUAUGUGUGAAUAUACAAAAAGUAAUGAACUUUUGUGUAAGUAAGUAGUGAAACCAGACAUUUCCAAUGCUCGGUAGUCCUUAGUAGUGUCUAGCAGAGAUUUCAACACUAUGCCUACAUAAGAUCUUAUCCUGGCAAUGACUGCUAACCUGUUAGUAUAAUAUAUGACAACUAGCUUUAUGUCCACAUGGCACCUAGAGGCGCUCUGGCACUAUUGCCAGAGCAUCUAGCAUGGCCAAACACGACAAUAUUUAGUGAUGUUUAAAAUAUUGCUAUCUUUGAGUAUAGAUCUCGUAUAAUGAAAGAGCUGUCGGCUCUCAUUCAGGGUGUUUAAUAUUCAGAGCCGUUAACGCGCACAGCUGUCUGUGAGCACCCAUCCUGCUAUGAUAAUGGCCUGUUGUGCUCAAACAACUGAUUUAUCUCUGACAAUCAUUAUCCCUAUAUGGUAUAAACUGUGACAUAUUUCUUUUUUAUACCAAAGCUUUGAAAACGAUGUUUGGGGUGCAAAUUGACUGUCUGGCUGGAACGUAGGAGUAGAACUAGUUGGCGCUUCUAGAGAGCAGUGGGUGUCCCGGGUGACUAGUCAUAAGCUGUAUACUAGGUGCUCGCUACGUUUGCUGGAAUCUGCAUUUUGUCAUUAGUUUCUGCUGUUAUUGUUGGCAGCAAAUUAAAAGGGCGAAAAAAAUCGUUAAGGAAGAUGGAUUGAUUGGUUGCGCGUGAGAGACAGCGGUAAGCCACCUGUUAAUUCUGUAAAUUAGUAAACAUGUAGACAAAAUUGUGUUCCUUGUACACAAUGAGCAAUACAACGCACUGACGAGAGGAUGCAUUAGCUUGAGCACUUUGCUCUAUCUAGCUGAAACACACUCACCAUACUUUUGUAAAUGCUUGACUUCAGCUAUUGGCAGGAAUUGGUUGCAUUUUUUUCAAAUUAAUAAUCAAGUCAGGCGAUAGUGAUAACCGUCAGCAUUCUACUAUAGGUAGGAAUUCUCGCUAUGAUAUCUGUGCGUCCGAUUCGAGCGUUUUGUGCAUGUUGUCAUUCUGAAUAAGCAGUGCAGGUGUGGUCUUGUCGGAGCAACAUAAGCUACGCAUGCUACGCUUUUCAGCGUACUGAUCAGCAUGUAGACUUGCUAAAGCUGGUUUGACAUAUCUCUACGUUGAUAUAUAAUAAUCGGAUGCAGGGGCAUGCGCGCGGACGCGGGGGUCGGGGAAAUUCGCAGGCAGUGGCAGUGGUGGCUAGACGUGAACUACUGGACUACUGGUCUGUCUUACUUCAUAUCGUCCACUCUUUGCAGCUUUUGGUUUGUGAGCGAAAAGCCCCUAACUAAAAAAAACGGCGAUUAGAGCAAUUCGUGGUGGUUUUUCGCAGGUGUUACCGUAACGAUAUUCAUAUUUUAGCGGUAGUAGUCUGGGGAAUGUUACAGCUAUGCAGCUAUACAAACGAGAGCUCUGGGGUGCAGAUCCCAUACACCUUGUUCGUACAAAGCGAUGGGAGGCCUAUUAGAGGAUAACCAGGUAGAGAGCGUUGGCGUGCAGACAUUUGCGAUGUGUCCUCGUACAACACAGAUAGUGCUUUGUGUGAGUUUUUUCGUAGUCCGGCUUUUUGUUAAUGCUUCUUCUGUGGGCGCGCACGUUGAAACAGUUGUUGGCUGGGCGACGUUCGUCGUGUGCCCACUGCUGUCCGCGCUGCUGCUGCUCCUGCUCCUGCUACAGCUGCUAGUACCGCUACCAGGAGUGUGUAUAAGACAUAUAAUAUAUACGUAUAGUAUAUAAUAUACACCUGCUACUACUACUACUAUGGCUGCUGCUGCCGCUGCUGCUACUAGGGCUGUUGCUACUUCUACUGCUACUACGACUGCUGCUGCCCCUAUGUGUGAACAGCGUGCCAGCAGCGUGCCACGGGCAGAAUGCACUUCUAGGGCGAUCACUGGAAUACGGCCCGCAGUUGUGCAACUUCGGCUAAGCUGCUUGUUGUGGGGGGGGGGCUUUAUUUUUUGCUUGUCAUUGGUUUUAUCGCUUGCAUUAACAGUAGUGGCGUACUGUGAGAGUUGAAGAAAGCGAAGCUUGAAUCUCGUGGUUGAAAUCGAUUGCGUCUCUCCGUCUGCGCUGUAAACGGUAGCUGCUUACAUGGCGCCUUUACUUGGCACCCACCUCCCACCUCUCCGGUGUCCCUUAGCGAGAACACUGUUGAGAUUUGGUGCUGGCGAAUGCUGUAUGUUCUGUCGGAAUAGGUUUUUGUUUAGUUGUUCAACUUUGGACCCAAUUGUUACGUGUUAGUUACUUGCAUUCUGUGAAAUGCAGAUAUCUGUGUUUGUUAUGUUAGGCUGCAUUGUACAUUUGUGUAAAUAUGUGUUGCCUAAUAUGGUGUAGCUCAAUAAUGUAGUGUUGUUGCAUUUUGAUGAUAAUAAUUGUUAUUUCAAUCGCAAAAACCUAUUCGGCUGAUACUAAUAUUAUUACUUCACAUGCAAAUAGACCGUGUACCGCAAAUAGACAGUUAAUAUUCAUCAUUUAAGUCAGUGCUGCCAUCUAGCUGCUACCAAAGACCGUAUGCAAUCGUAUAUGGUGUUUUCUGUUGCCCCAUGCUUCUUGUUAUUUUUGCUACAUGUAAAUCGGCAAGUUGUAUGUUUUUAUAGAUUUUACUGGUUUAAUAUGCAUAAAAACGUUUUUAGAAAUACCGUAUGCAUAUUGUACAUGUGUUGAUAGCAAUUCUAGCUCAUCUAUUUAACACUUCCUAAAUUAACCCCGGCUAUGCUGUAAUUUUUGCUCGGAACAGCUUCGAAGACUAGGUGGCUCUAGUAUUUUAUAUUUUGUAGGAUAUUAGUCAAUUUCAUCUCAGAUGCUUAUGCAGAAGCUGGCUUCAAAUAAGUUUGAGUGUUGUAUAAAGUCUUUAAAACGGACCAUUAUAAUAAUGUAACAAACACGCGUAAUUAAUUAAUGCAUCAUGUAAUAUGUUGGGGAAAUUGCAGUAUUUUUUAUGUGCCUUGUUGUGUACAUCGAAAUUUGUACAUUUGGUCAAAAUGUUACGUCCGAGUUAUAAUCUGCAUCUGAAUAGUCUUGCCUAAUUGAUAUGAUUGUGCGGGUGAAGUAAAAAGGAGUGUCAGUGGAAGCCAAAUGAUGUACGAUGUUGAAUUCUGCUCUAUAGUAUCCUCAGUUUUGUUAUUACAACUGUUCUCGCCACAGUUCUAUGCUAUGUUGUGUUCUGCAAUUAUGCGUUGAGGUCUGGAAAGCGGUUGGGUUGCUGCAGCUUUUAGACCCUUUUUUUGUAACCUUUCUAUUACUGUUCUUUUGUGACUGUCAUAUACCGUGAAAAUAAUCGACUGAUUUUGAGUUGCUGUGUUGAUAAUUUAAUUUGGACACUAUUUUAUAAGUGACAAUUUUUGAAUGUUUUCCUUCGUUUUUGAAGGAAACCUUUAGUGUUGAGAUUAGUGUUUUGAACGAGUUCUCAUCCAGCCUGCAUAUGCAUCAUCCUCACAAGCUUAUCACGAUGUCAUUUUUUCAUUCAUAUAUUAUGAGUUUAACAGUGUUACUCAUAGCAAUGAAACAGAUGCAAAAUUUGUAUGUGUAAAUGCGUGUUUGUGGUGGUUGUGAGCUCCGUGGUAUCAUGGCAGACGACAGAUACAUUGAUGAUCAUGUUAAUGCGUAACGGCCUCAGUGAGAAUGGAUUGCCUGCCAUUAGAUGGCGCUCGCUGCGUCUCUGCAAGAAGAUGCGGCGAGAAACGAGUUGCACCACAGCGUGUUCAACUGUGCUUGGUCCUUGUUAUCGUGCCUUAUAGAAUCUCAUUCUUAUUUGUAGUUUUUGUACCUGUAUGAACACCACUACGAUGAGUUAAUAUUAUUAUUAUUAUUAUUAUUUUUAUUGAAUGAUAAAACAAUAAACACAAUGUAGGUUCAUUUUAAAACA